CCAAAAUGAACCCGUCAAUCAACAAAAUGUUGGGAAUAACCCGAACGCUGAUGGUCAACCCAACCUUGUGAUUCCCACAUUCCUGGCAAAUGUAUUACAACAGAUAGCCAACGCACCAAUGUUUCAACCACCUCCACCACCGCCACCACGAGUGAUAACCUACAAAACAUUAAGGGAUAACGGUGCAGAAUUAUUCCUUGGGGAUCGCAUCGGUGAACCCCAAAUUGCAUGGGACUGGAUCGAGCAGACUGCUCGAGUGUUGGAGGAUCUUAAUGUACCCGUUGGCAACUAUCCCCGAUUGGCAUCUCAGCUGCUUUGCAAGGAAGCCUACGAGUGGUGGAAGAGGACCGAUGAGAGUGCGGGAACCCCUAAGCCAUGGACAUGGGCACAUUUCGAAUGGGCAUUCAAACAAGAAUAUAUUCCAAAACGUUUUAGCGAAGAAAGACGUAAGGAAUUUGUCGAAUUGCAACAGGGAGACAUGACACUCCCCGAGUAUCGUCAGAAGUUUACCAGUCUUGCUAAGUUUGCACCAACCUUGGUGAGUACCACAACCGAUCGCAUCGAAGAAUUCAGGAAGAAACUUCGACCUGACCUUAGGUCGCGUGUGUCCGUCCUAACCACCGUGGAUUUCGCGGAGGCCUAUGAUCUCAUAGCCAGGGCAGACAGCGACUUGAGUGCUUGCAUUGAGUAACUGAAGACAAAUAAUGUCAGUUCAAGCACUCACCGUCCCAUCAGCUCUAUCUCAAAAGGAAAAAGGCCCUUCCAGGAAUCUAGCAAUUCACACUUCUCAAAGAAGGGGAAAUCGUUGCAGACGCACUCUGUGGCAUCAGAAAACAAAUCAAAAGGGUGGAAACAC